GUUUUCGGCUAUGCCUGCAAACUCUUCCGAGACGACGAAAGGGCUCUUUACCAUGAUCACGGAAAGCAUCUUAUCCCAUGGAUGGGGGACAAGAGCAUCAUGAUUGAUAGGUCGGUUGAACAAACUUAGACCGAAACAUUAUGCUAACAAUCUCUCCUGUCCGCUAGCCUGUCUCAAAAUUCAAGGGACCACGUUGGAGUUGUUGCUUGUUGAAGCUUGGAAACACCUGCAACUCGCGACGAUUGUUUUAUUUCUUGCCUCCUAACGUGUCUUGUUGGAUGUCCUGAACUAAAAAAGAAAGAAAAUUGGAGGGGGGGAAAGAAAAACACCUGGUAUCUAAAGUUUCUUCGGUAACAUGCUAACUUGCAAAUGCCUGUCAGUCUCUGCUAAUGUUAGCCAUGACUGACCUAUUUAUGCAUUUUGCUGUCAGGUUAUUAUACACUCCAGCUUACAUUAUUACAGAACAUUGGACAAAUGGAUUGAAUAAAGUUUAUUUGAGACUCGUUUAAGACCACUUAGGCCUGCAUAGUUCGCGCUAAAUAUACCUCUUAAAUUGACAAUUGCAGUAAAUGUAUAAAAAUACUCAAGUUAUUUGUGAAAUCGGCUUUGCAUCUUGGCAUGUUAUGAGAAUUUCCUCUGGAAGCUUUUUUCAUGCUUUACAGAUGAAUAAUAUGUCUAAGCUAUAACCUGUCUUUUUCCUGUUCUUUUCAAACGGAAGUUUUCUAAUAUAAAGUGGUCAAGUCCCUACAAAACUUGGUAUUUUACUAUGCUUUUGUUUGCCAGAGCAAAUUCUAACAAAGACAAAAGUUACUGUCAUUAAGGUGAUUCAGUGUAUCAUUUUGACUAAUUUCUUCCACCUUUUUCACAGAAAUUGUCCUUGUUGCAAAGUCAUUGUAAACCUCCUUGAGUCUUGUAUUUCUUUAAACAUAUAAAGUCAAUUGAAUCACCUUAGUGUGCAGACCCAACUUAUGUUUUAUUUGUACAGCCUUUGUUUGUGUGUCUUUAUUACAUAACCCAGUUUUUCCACAGCAAGGUAGGCUAAGGGGUCCUUCCAAACCCCGAAUGCCAACCUCAGCUCCAGAUUUCUUUGUCUUCAUGAAGAAACUGCAAGUGAGAGAUGGCGUAGAGGGACGAACCUUGGAAAAUGUCGUCCAUUUGGGUUCUUACGGAUAGAUAUGAUGGACGUGGUCACUUACAUGACCUUUCAGAGUAUGACAGUGGGUCAUGGAAUACAUCCUACCAGCUGUCGGAGGAAGAGGCCAGGAUUGAGGCGCUCUGCGAUGAGGAGAGGUACCUGGCACUGCACACUGACCUGCUGGAAGAGGAAGCUAGACAAGAGGAGGAGUAUAAACGUCUGAGUGAGGCUCUGGCUGAUGAAGGCUCUUACAACGCCGUGGCUUUCAAAUACAGCGCUGACUACUAUGACCCCUCUCAGCCCACUGAGGAGGAGGAUGCUAACAAGGAACCUGAGGAGGCAGAGCCUGAAGAGAGUGAAGAACCAUUCGUUGCUCCCGCAGGGCUUUCUAUCCCUCCUGAUGUGGAGUUGCCAGCAACCAUCAAGACCCACAACAUCAUUGAGAAGACGGCCAACUUUGUCUGUCAGCAGGGGGCUCAGUUUGAGAUAGUGUUGAAGGCGAAGCAGUCUGGUAACUCCCAGUUUGACUUCCUUCGUUUUGACCAUUACCUGAACCCUUAUUACAAAUACAUCCUGCGGUCCAUGAAGGAAGGUCGAUAUAAUGUUGCCUCUGACAGCAAGAAGGAGCAGUCGCAGGAAUCUGAUUCUGAUGAUUCAGAUGAUGAUGGAGAUGGGAGCUACCUCCAUCCCAGCCUUUUUGCCCCUAAAAGGAGCUCACGCCUGGAGGAGCUAAUGAAGCCUCUUAAGGUAAUGGACCCAGAUCAUCCCCUGGCAGCACUAAUUCAAAAAGCCCAACAGGAAAGAAAUGGGACAGCAGCAGUGGCAACAAACCAAGAGGAAGCUCCAGCUAGUCUACCAACGCAAUACAGCGCCGACCCAGCAGUGUACUAUGGAUAUUACAUGCUGCCAGAUGGAUCGUUCUGCUUAGCUCCGCCUCCCCCAGGUAUAGAUGCCACCUCAUACUAUAACAAUAUGACCUCAGCUGUCAUGGCACCACCUGCUUCUACCGAGGCCGUGGCUAAUUUGGGCUCUGCACCCACCCCUCCUGAAACUGUCACAGUAGCAACAGCAGCUACAGCCCCCACUCAGGACUCCAGCUCUGUUCCUCCAGCAAGUGUACCAGAAAUCAGCUCAAAAGCUGAACUUCCAGUUUCCACCCCAUCAGCAGCAGCCAUCAUUCCCCCACCACCCGACAUCCAGCCGGUCAUAGACAAGCUGGCUGAGUACGUUGCAAGAAAUGGUCUGAAGUUUGAGGCGAGCGUCCGUGCCAAGAAUGAUCUGCGGUUUGAAUUUCUGCAGUCCUGGCAUCAAUACAACACCUAUUACGAAUUUAAGAAGAAAUACUUCAUGCAAAAGGAAGGAAAAGGCUUGCCAGAGAGCGAAGAGGUAGAGGAUUCUAAUAAGCUUCAGUCAGACAAGGCAGCCACGUUGACAAAAGGCUCUUUUGCGCCCAUCUCUUUUGCCAUCAAGGCAAAGGAAAAUGACAUGCUGCCACUGGAAAAGAACAGAGUUCGAUUGGACGAUGACUCGGAUGAGGACAAGUUGUUGGAAGAGGAGGGGCUGGAAGCUGUGAUGGGUGGAGCUGAGAUGAUUGAUAAGGAGCCUCCUCCAGUCAGCGUACCAGAAGAGAAGAAACCCACCCUCAGUUUGGAGGAGUUAGAAGCAAAGCAAGCUAAGCAGAAACUGGAGGAUCGUCUAGCGGCGGCAGCCAGGGAGAAGCUGGCCCAGGCAUCUAAGGAGUCUAAGGAGAAACAGCUACAGGCAGAGAGGAAGAGGAAGGCGGCACUCUUCCUACAGACUCUCCGCAGCCCAUUCGCUGGAGAACCUGAGGCAAAGAGAGCUGAGCUAGAUGCAUGUGCACAACUCGAGCUGCAAGAAGCUUUUUCUGCUUUCGCCGAUCCUGCACCCCCUCAAGUAGCCCCUGCACCACCUGUUUAUGCUCAGGAUCAAAGAUUGUCUGUGGAGAACCAUAGAAGCCACCACAGCAGGGAGCCCCCAUCCGUCUCGUCAUCAUCAUCUUCCUCUUAUAUUACCUCCUCCAAAGGUCCAGAGCGCGACAGAGAUCGUGACAGAGAUCGUGACAGAGAUCGAGAUAGGGAUCGAAACAGAGAUCGAAACAGAGAUCGAGACAGAGACAGGGACAGACAGAGAGACAGAGACAAGGAUAGGAACAAAGGGAGGGACAAAGACAAAAAGAAGAAAAAACACAAGAGGAGGUCAAGAUCCAGGUCAGCAUCGAGAUCAAAGAGCAAACACUCCCUUCCCAGUGCCUACAGGAGAUCCCGCAGGUCCAGAUCCCGUUCACACUCCCCAGGGAGAAAGGACAGAAGGGGCAACUCAUCAGAAAGGAGACGCGAGGAGAAAGAGCGGGAACACUAUUAUCCCAGCAGCAGCUCCAACUUGCCCAGGGGGCUUUCAAGAUCCAGGUCUCCUCCCGAACAGCAGAGGAGCUCCUUGUCAUCCUCAGGACAGAUGCAAAUUGCGGCCUCCUCGUUCUCACCAUACUCUUCACCCGGCAGAGUUUUGUCUCCAUCAGCGAGCCCCGCCUCCAGCCUGGCUCACUCAAGGGGUGGUUCUCUGGAGAAAGACAAGGCAGUGUCCUCAUCCAUAGUAUCCUCUGUUCAGUCUAAAAUAACUCAGGAUCUGAUGGCCAAAGUGCGAGCCAUGCUUGCCACCUCCAAGACCUUCCAGCCUCCCAAUUCUUAAAAAGGACGUCGCUUUCUUCUGGACGUGACAACUUUUGCCUGCAGGCGAGUGGUAUUCUCCGAUUUCCCGGAGAUUUAUCUGGCCCGCAGCUGUUUCAGAGCCCUCUGUUUAUCCAUGAUUUAUCAGUUCAUCAAGAAUUGAGCAUCGACAGUUUCAGUUUGAUUGUGUUACGUCUUGUGCCGAGUCGUAAGUGUGAAGUACGCUGACGUGAAACUUGAGUACCUGGUUUCACGGCCGGUGUGAGAAAACCGCUCAUAAGACAGGAGAUUAAGUCACAGCUAUGUUUUUUGUGCAUGGAGAAUCAAAUGUGAAAUAAUGUUUGCCUCCUGUUUUAAGAUGCUUUUCUCCUAGGAGUCACUCUUUGCAGCAUCAGCUGCAGGAAAUCUGGAAGCUCUCCUUCUAUGAAGGCUUAUGUUUUGAUAAUUUAAUUUUCCCAUCAUUUUUCCUUCUGCUGUUUUCUUCUCUCUCUCAUUUCCUUUUUCUCUUCAGCGCCUCACUCUACUACCUGAGAAGUAAUUUGUUUUUACUCUGUCCAUCAGCUGCAAUGUGCAGCCUUUGAAUUUUGGUUCCUGGUUUGUACUGUAAUGAGCUGAAUGCAGAACAACUUUCUAAUCCAAAAUGAAAUAAAAUUUCCUUUAUGAUUUA